AUGAGUGUUCAUAGUGAACUGGGAAUUUCCCCAGCUCUCCUUCAAGCUAUAGCUCAAACACUUACAUCAUCAGCACUGACUACAUCUUCACGAGACUCAGCCCUGCCAACCAUUGCCAAAGACAAGUCACAGGCUGCACCACAUUCAUUAGGAUCACAUCAGCUGAAGGACAGAAUUGAGGCCAGCAUGUCUUUAAAUAAAUCGUCAGCAGGUGGGGUUAUAUCACAUUUGCUGCAGAAUCUAAAUGAACCUGUGGCGUCAUUAAUUACGCAGUCAAAUGUGUCAUCUCAUGCUAUUCAGAGCCUGGCAUCAACAGAAAACAGUUCCAUUAUGUCCCAGGCGGGAUUGUCAUUGCUGGGGUUGUCAAGUAGUGGUGCCACGACCACUUCGGGACUUAAUCUCACAAACACUUCAGUGAAACAUUUCACACAGCCCUCUAUGGUCAUGUCAAAUGAUGAGAUAACAAUAACGAACUUCCUGCUCAAAGAUGAACCUUCAGAUGACUUGGAGCAGUCCAUCCUGCAGCAAAGCUCACAGCCAAUGAACACUGUUAGUAGUGUUUUGACAGCUUUUGCUUCCCAGCAUAUGAAGGAGUCACUGACUAAAAAAACACACAAGCAGAGCCAUGGUGUUUCAGCCUCCCAGCUACAGCAGCAAAGUCUCGACUGCUCCGCUGACAUAAUUAGCACCAACAACGACAGCGAUGGUGCCAACGAAGCUCGAUCGCAGCCUCAGAUCAUUAUCUAUAGGUACAUCAACUCUAAUGGUCAAGAGGUGGUUCUGCCAGCGUCUUCGCCACAAGGAAAUGAUUUUGUGGUUAGUGAAUCAGAGGGCAGUUCAGAUACUCCCACAACAUACAAAGUGUUGCUUCAGUCUGCAGAUGAUGUUAGAGACAGCAAUCAUGUGCCAUAUUCUUCUAAUGUUACUUACACUUUUUCCUCUUCUAAUGCGGCCCCAGUUACAGAUUCACAGAACACUGUGGAUGGAAUGAGUCGUCCCUGUCCUGUCUGCGGGGACAAGGUAUCGGGCUAUCAUUACGGAAUAUUCACUUGUGAGAGCUGUAAGGGCUUUUUCAAGCGCACGGUUCAAAACAAGAAAACAUUUGUGUGCCCCAAAGCUUCAGAUUGUAUUAUCAAUUCUCUCAAUCGCAAAAAGUGUCCUGCUUGUAGGUUCAAGCAGUGUCUUGUCAUGGGAAUGAAGUUAGAAGCUAUCAGACAAGACAGAACAAGAGGAGGAAGGAGCUCAUAUGAUGGCUGUGUGACACAUUUGAAAAACCGUGUGCCUACAUUUGACAAAAAACUGAAACGAGUUGGCAACAGAAUUCCUCUUUUAGGAGAUGUUUCAGAUCAGUCACAGGAUGCCAGAGAAGGGACAAAGUCUCACAGGCACCUGGUUGCUAUCCUGAAUCAUGACACUCAUAGACAGACCAGUCCCAAUUGUGGAACACCACAAAUCCCAGAACUUCUGAGAGAUAUUAUGAACCUGGAACCACUGUUAAGUGAUGAUGACCUGCCGGCCGAGUCCCUGAUGGAGGCUCCCUUCCAUGAGCAGGCACUCUACUCCUACAUGAUGCAGCUGGCAGAACUCAGGCUGUAUAAACUGGUGCGGUGGGCAAGGAAUCUUCCUCAGUUUGGUGCAAUCUCUACAGAUGACCAGAUUUUGCUGUUACAAAACUGCUGGUCGGAGCUGAUAGCCUUGAGUCUGUGCUGGAGAUCCAUAGACACCCCAAACCAGAUCAGCAUCUCCACAACUCAUCACAUCACAGCAGAGUGGGCACAGCACCUGGGGUUUGAAGACGUGGUUGUCCGGUUACUCAACAUAGCAGAGAAGUUUCGCAAACUCUACAUGGACCAGUUUGAAUAUGUGGCUCUUAAGGUGCUGCUGCUGAUAACCCCAGAUGUGAAAGGCCUCAAAGAACCACGGAAAAUCCGAGACUUCCAGGAAAAGCUGACAGAAGCCCUUCUAGCAUACACCACUUCACAUUAUCCACACAUGAAGGACAAGUUUGGACAGCUUCUGCUGCGACUGCCAGAGCUCUCACGCAUUAGCUUCCUAUCUAAAGACAUACUGAUUAAAUCUUUGCCCCCCAGCCUCCCCUGCGGACUCCUGGUUGAACUUUUAAAGGGGGAUAACAAAGGGGAAGGAGAUGGUUCAAGUUUGAGUUUGUGA